AAUGUUAUUCAUUCGAGCUGUCAUUGAAAUCGAAUCCUUCGCAAUCAAUCUCAUGAAUACUUGAGACUUUGUUAGCUAUAUGUUCAUUACUACUGUUUUAUACGCUUAAUUUUACCUGUUGGGUGAUUAGUGCAGAUUAAGUUUAGUAAUAUUUACAAACAUUCGAAACCACCACCUACCGUAAUGGAAGAACUUUACGCGGAUCUGGAUAACUACAACGAAGUGAAUUGUAUUCAGGAGCUAAGGACUGAAAACACCGAGUUGAAAGUGAAGCUUGAAGAACAUGCAACUGCCCUGGAGAAACUUCAAAAACAAAUAUUGCAGGACUAUGAUACCCUGGCCUCUGAGUUCAAGAAACUGGAAAACAACUACUCAUCCCUGUUGAAAACAGCUCGCUCAGAGAUAGAAAGGAAGACUCAAAGAAUUAACCAACUUAACAAGGAAAAGGACUUGAUGGUGGUAAAUGCUGUUGAAAAGGGCGUAAUUAUAAGGAGGCAUUUCAAUAAAGUCUCCCAAGGACCGAAUUUGAACAAAAUGUCUGCUGAAAAGCCCUCGGGAAAUAAUAAACUGAAGGAUAACUUCAAGGCAAAGAAUGUUGAUGCCAAAAAUAAAAAUUACGAAACACAGUCUAAAGACAAUGUUCCUGAUCUAAGACCAAGUAAUAAAAGUGAUUAUCAUAAACCUAUAGAAAACCCAACUUAUCACAAGGAACAAAAUGAUCCGCCACUAACUGUUGCUAGCAGUAUUAGGGACAGAAGGAAGUCUACACCUGCUGUUCCAAUGCCGCAAGAAAAGUUCAGUUCCGAAGAAGAAUUUGAUCAAAAUAUUUCUGCAAAAAGUAACAGAGAUAUUCCACCUAGUUCUAAGUUUGAUAGGAGAAAUUCAAAUAGAUAUGAUAGACAAAGUAACAGAUCAGAAACAUCUAGCUUAGAAGAUAGGAACUCAAACUAUCGCGAAUCUUCUAGACAUUAUCUUGAAUAUUCAAAAGAUACAGGUUAUAAAGGGGGUAGACCAAGCAGGUCAUCUGACAAGCCUCACCAUGACAAAAACUCUUAUAGAGGUAGAGACAAGUCGAGACAUCGGAAUCAUUAUAGUCCAGAAAGGGCUUCAAGAGGAUCUCAAAGAGAUUUUAAAGAUGAUUUUCCUAGACAUGAACAUGACAGGUAUAGGACUCCAGAAAGCCCUCCACGGGAGUCAUUCAACCGAUACCAUCAACGCAGUGAAGAUCGUUAUAUAAAUUCCGAUAGACACGCUUAUGAUUAUGAAAAACAUAGGUCAAGUUAUGAAGAAAGAUUUGCGCCCAAACAUAGAUUGUCAACUGAUUACGACGAGCCACAUAGUAAGAGACCCAGGAUCGAAAAUUUUGGUAACCCUGAUGUACAUUUCAAGGGAGAGCAUCACAGGCCUCCCCUUGGGCAGGACGUAGUCGACAAACAGCGCGCAUCCGCGUUCUCUCCAGACGACUACGACAAUCGGCAUGCUACCUGCCAGUCACCAGAUUACGAACAUUCUGAUUCUGCUGUAGCAAAUCCUAAAGAGAUAAUGGCCUCAGCUGCAACACCUCUGGAUGAUCCGCGAGUAACCAGCAAAAAAUAUGUAAUUAAAAAAGAAAAUGGUAAAGAGGUAUUAUCGACAGCAGUAGGCAGAAAUGUUGACAUAAAACCAAUUAAUAAGAUUGGGUGGAAUUUUGAACCUGUAGAUGUCCCUAUUGCUUUAGUACGGCGACCGUCACAAUGCAGCGAAGGGCUUGUUAAGGACAUCAAUUGUUUAUCUAAUGAGUCAGUAGAAUCCGGUGAGAUAUGCUUCGAUUCUGAUAACGAAAAACGCGAAACUAAUCAAGCAAAGGAAAUAUGCCAUACUAAAAGUAUUACCAAAAACAGUUCAAAACAAGACCCCAAUCUCGACAAACCCAUUGCUAAGUACAAAAUUCCAAAAGUUGGACAAAGUAAUAAAAAUACAAAUGCCAAAUUAAAUGUUCCUGUUAUUGAAGUAGGUGAAUAUGGAACCAAAAACAAAAAUAAUACUGAUAAAGUUGAAAUUGCCGAAAUUUCGAAGAAAGCUACUGACAAAAUGGUAUCUAAAUAUAAAAAUAUUCUGUGUAAUCUCUCUAAUACCAAUAAAUCUAAAGAAGAUGAGUCUCAGAAGCAGGUAUUACAUAACAAUUCUCUUACUGCAAAAAUAGCAAUUGUUGCCGACGAUUUAGAGUUAAGUGACGAAAAUAGCGAUAAUGUUGAAAUUCACAAACUUGUAACAGAGAAAAAACAUAUCAAAGAUCAGUUGAAGAUGACAAAAACUAAGAAGGAUGAUUCUAAAACUAAGAUAUCGAAUAACAUUAAUACUGAACAAGAAACAGUUGCAAAUACUGUCAGUGACGCUGUCAACCUGCCUGUGCACGAAAAAUCUAAGGAAUGCGACUCUACCAAGAAACAGAAUGGUAAAAAGAAGCGAACGAAAUCCAAAGACAGUUUGUCGAAAGAUUUACUUAAAACAAAUGUAGUCCAAGAUUGUGAAAAGAAAACGAAAUCAAAACACGAGAAAGACUGUAAAAGUAAAGAAAGUCAUAAUAAAUUCAGUGACUUAUUUGGUGAUACAAGUAACAGUUUAAUGACUCCGGAAGACUUAGGAUUACCAUCCUAUUUACCUAUUUGUGAAAAUGCACUUGAUAUGAAACUUGAUGACAUAAUAGAUUCAAAGACACAUAAAACAUCUGACUGUCCAGAUGUCAUCUCUAAAAUGAAUAAACCAACUGAACCAGUUAUUACAGCCAAGGAAAUCAUAAUAGAAAAUAAAAUACCAGAUAUUUUACAAAAAUCCAACUCAGACAAGGAAGGUAGUGAAAAAGAGUGUCCAGGGUAUUCCAGUGAUAUGAUCACACUUGAUAUGUACAAGAAUUUGAACUCUGAAACUGACGCAAAUGAACCAGGUGUAGUUCAAACUGUUAUUAUUUCCAAAGGAUUGCAACAGCAAUAUGAUGAUGGUAAUGCAGCGGUUAUGGAAGCACCAGUAAAUGUUGCACCGCUAUACAAUAUUAAUCGGGAUGUUACUGAUAAAAAUCAGAUACAAGCUACAAUAAGUUUCAAGAAGCAGGAUAUGAAGGCUUUGGCUACAUCAACACCUCACAAAGAAUUGACCGAUUUAAAAAUCGGUACCGAAUCCUCUAUAAAAGAUUUUAAACCUGAUAAUAAUAUAGUAAAGAGUCCAGAUUCGGGUGUGCAAUCUGUAAACCAGUCGCAAGCCAUUUUGGAUACACAGGACGCGCCAGAUGUGAGGAUAUUCGUCAAACGUCGUCGUAAAGUGGUAAAACAAACACCAGUGACUUAAGGACGAUUCUGUCUAGCUAUAGGAGUAAAAAUGUAAGAAGAUAUUGCCAUACCAAUGAUUUGCUGAGCAUUGCGUUAUGUAGCAGGAGAUAGUUGAGCGUUCGGAAGCAGUAGGUAGACAAUUACAGAGGUAUAAAAGAUGUAUAUCAAUUAAGUACUUACUUAUACUGUUAAAAAUGUUUAAUGUAUAUAGUACAUAGUAUGUGUCUAUCCUUAGUGGAUGUCUCUGCGUUCUGUAUUUUUUUUGAAAUUCGCUCUUUUCGUUUAUAUUUUUUUCUUAAUAAAAAAACUUUCUUUUAUUCCCAUAA